AUGACUUUCAAGCCCCUGAUCCACUCAUGGCACGGCUGUGUGCCAUACGCAGCGGUCGACGUUGAUGGUGCUGCCGGUGCUGGUUUGAAGCCAACGGGUAAAGCCGGCGGCGACUGCCGUGACUUGGGCCAAAGUGGCCAAACUUACACGCGAAUCGGAAAAUCCCACGGCCGGACGGGCAUCAUCUAUAGCUACUACCUACCCAAGGUUCAGGGCAACGACGAGCAGCACAAGCAUCACUGGAUCACAGCCGUCGUUUGGCUCGCCGUCGAUAAAUGUCCAGACGAUAUCGCCAACUUCUCGCCACGCGGCGUCGCGUACUCGACGAAGCCACAAGGCGCUUUCGACACCACACAUGCCACCAAUACCCUCUUCGUGAUUCCUCUUAUCCCUUCCGCAAAUAGUCCAGAAGGAGCCUUAAGCCCUCCUCUAGUCGCCUGGGAUCGCCUCCCGGCUGCAGCGAAGGAGCAGCUAAAUAGCAUUCGAUAUAAGCACACCAGAGUCCCCUUCAGCGACGCCAACUUCCAGAGCACUCUUGACUCUACCUACAGCGAUACUUUCUUCACUGGCUCUGGUCCAGAUAGUACGGAUUAUGGCGAUAAUACGCCGUCGCAGGACGAGAUUAAUCCUAAUUUCGGAAACCCAAUUACUUCGUCCACUGCGGCGCCCGAGCCCAAAGCCACCGGUCCUUAA